AUGGUCAAUGAGAACACGAGGAUGUACAUUCCAGAGGAAAACCAUCAAGGUUCCAACUAUGGGAGCCCGCGCCCCGCUCAUGCCAACAUGAAUGCCAAUGCCGCUGCAGGGCUCGCCCCUGAGCACAUCCCUACACCGGGGGCGGCCUUGUCCUGGCAGGCGGCCAUCGACGCGGCCCGGCAGGCCAAGCUGAUGGGGAGCGCCGGCAACGCGACCAUCUCCACGGUCAGCUCCACACAGCGGAAGCGGCAGCAGUACGGGAAACCCAAGAAGCAGGGCAGCACGACAGCCACGCGCCCGCCCCGUGCCCUGCUCUGCCUGACUCUGAAGAACCCCAUCCGGAGGGCGUGCAUCAGCAUCGUCGAAUGGAAAUAUCCUUUACCAUUUGAAAUAAUUAUUUUACUGACUAUUUUUGCCAAUUGUGUGGCCUUAGCGAUCUAUAUUCCCUUUCCAGAAGAUGACUCCAACGCCACCAAUUCCAACCUGGAACGAGUGGAAUAUCUCUUUCUCAUAAUUUUUACUGUGGAAGCAUUUCUAAAAGUAAUAGCCUAUGGACUUCUCUUUCACCCCAACGCUUACCUCCGCAAUGGUUGGAAUUUACUAGAUUUUAUAAUUGUGGUUGUAGGGCUUUUUAGUGCAAUUUUAGAACAAGCAACCAAAGCCGAUGGGGCAAAUGCUCUGGGAGGGAAAGGAGCUGGAUUUGACGUGAAGGCACUGAGGGCAUUCCGUGUGCUGCGCCCCUUGCGCCUGGUGUCUGGAGUCCCAAGUCUCCAGGUGGUUCUGAAUUCCAUUAUCAAGGCCAUGGUGCCCCUGCUGCAUAUUGCCCUGCUAGUGCUGUUUGUCAUCAUCAUCUAUGCUAUCAUCGGCCUGGAGCUCUUCAUGGGGAAGAUGCAUAAGACCUGCUACAACCAGGAGGGCAUAGCAGAUGUUCCAGCAGAAGAUGAUCCUUCCCCUUGUGCUCUGGAGACAGGCCAUGGGCGGCAGUGUCAGAACGGCACUGUGUGCAAGCCCGGGUGGGACGGGCCCAAGCACGGCAUCACCAACUUCGACAAUUUUGCCUUCGCCAUGUUGACGGUGUUCCAGUGCAUCACCAUGGAGGGCUGGACAGAUGUGCUGUACUGGGUCAAUGAUGCCGUAGGAAGGGACUGGCCCUGGAUCUAUUUUGUUACACUAAUCAUCAUAGGGUCAUUUUUUGUACUUAACUUGGUUCUCGGUGUUCUUAGCGGAGAGUUUUCCAAAGAGAGGGAGAAGGCCAAGGCUCGGGGAGAUUUCCAGAAGCUUCGAGAGAAGCAGCAGCUGGAAGAGGACCUGAAGGGCUACCUGGACUGGAUCACCCAGGCAGAGGACAUCGACCCCGAGAAUGAGGAUGAAGGCAUGGAUGAGGAGAAGCCCCGAAACAUGAGCAUGCCCACAAGCGAGACCGAGUCUGUCAACACCGAAAACGUGGCUGGAGGUGACAUCGAGGGAGAGAACUGCGGGGCCAGGCUGGCCCACCGGAUUUCCAAAUCAAAGUUCAGCCGCUACUGGCGCCGGUGGAACCGGUUCUGCAGAAGAAAGUGUCGUGCCGCAGUCAAGUCUAAUGUCUUCUACUGGCUUGUGAUCUUCCUGGUGUUCCUCAACACGCUCACCAUCGCCUCGGAACACUACAACCAGCCCCACUGGCUCACGGAGGUGCAAGACACGGCCAACAAGGCACUGCUGGCCCUUUUCACUGCAGAGAUGCUGCUGAAGAUGUACAGCCUAGGCCUGCAGGCCUACUUUGUGUCCCUCUUCAACCGCUUUGACUGCUUCAUCGUGUGCGGGGGCAUCCUGGAGACCAUCCUGGUGGAGACCAAGAUCAUGUCUCCCUUGGGUAUCUCUGUGCUGAGAUGUGUCCGGCUGCUGCGGAUAUUUAAAAUCACAAGGUACUGGAACUCCUUAAGCAACCUGGUGGCAUCCUUGCUGAAUUCUGUGCGCUCCAUUGCCUCCCUGCUGCUGCUCCUCUUCCUCUUCAUCAUCAUCUUCUCUCUCCUGGGGAUGCAGCUCUUUGGGGGAAAGUUCAACUUUGAUGAAAUGCAGACCCGGAGGAGCACAUUUGAUAACUUUCCCCAGUCCCUCCUCACUGUGUUUCAGAUCCUGACCGGGGAGGACUGGAAUUCGGUGAUGUAUGAUGGGAUCAUGGCUUAUGGCGGCCCCUCUUUUCCAGGGAUGUUAGUCUGUAUUUACUUCAUCAUCCUCUUCAUCUGUGGAAACUAUAUCCUACUGAAUGUGUUCUUGGCCAUUGCUGUGGACAACCUGGCUGAUGCUGAGAGCCUCACAUCUGCCCAAAAGGAGGAGGAAGAAGAGAAGGAGAGAAAGAAGCUGGCCAGGACUGCCAGCCCAGAGAAGAAACAAGAGGUGGUAGAGAAGCCAGCGGUGGAGGAGACCAAGGAGGAGAAAAUUGAACUGAAAUCCAUUACAGCUGAUGGAGAGUCCCCACCCACCACCAAGAUCAACAUGGAUGACCUCCAGCCCAAUGAAAAUGAGGAUAAGAGUCCCUACCCAAACCCAGAAAAUACAGGAGAAGAGGAUGAGGAGGAGCCUGAGAUGCCUGUGGGCCCCCGCCCACGACCACUCUCUGAGCUGCACCUUAAGGAAAAGGCAGUGCCCAUGCCAGAAGCCAGUGCGUUUUUCAUCUUCAGCCCCAACAACAGAUUUCGCCUCCAGUGUCACCGCAUCGUCAAUGACACGAUCUUCACCAACCUGAUCCUCUUCUUCAUUCUGCUCAGCAGCAUUUCCCUGGCAGCUGAGGACCCCGUCCAGCACACCUCCUUCAGGAACCAUAUUCUGUUUUAUUUUGACAUUGUUUUCACUACCAUUUUCACCAUUGAAAUUGCCCUGAAGAUCCUAGGCAAUGCAGACUAUGUCUUCACUAGUAUCUUUACAUUAGAAAUUAUCCUUAAGAUGACUGCUUAUGGGGCUUUCCUACACAAGGGCUCUUUUUGCCGAAACUACUUCAACAUCUUGGACCUGCUGGUGGUCAGCGUGUCCCUCAUUUCCUUUGGCAUCCAGUCCAGCGCAAUCAACGUGGUGAAGAUCUUACGAGUCCUGCGAGUCCUCAGGCCCCUGAGGGCCAUCAACAGGGCCAAGGGGCUAAAGCACGUGGUUCAGUGCGUGUUUGUUGCCAUCCGGACCAUCGGGAACAUCGUGAUUGUCACCACACUGCUUCAGUUCAUGUUCGCCUGCAUCGGGGUCCAGCUUUUCAAGGGAAAGCUCUACACCUGCUCAGAUAGUUCCAAACAGACUGAGGCGGAAUGCAAGGGUAACUACAUCACAUACAAGGACGGGGAGGUCGACCACCCCAUCAUCCAACCCCGCAGCUGGGAGAACAGCAAGUUUGACUUUGACAAUGUUCUGGCGGCCAUGAUGGCCCUCUUUACCGUCUCUACCUUUGAGGGGUGGCCGGAGCUGCUGUACCGCUCCAUCGACUCCCACACAGAAGACAAGGGCCCCAUCUACAACUACCGUGUGGAAAUCUCCAUCUUUUUCAUCAUCUAUAUCAUCAUCAUUGCCUUCUUCAUGAUGAAUAUCUUCGUGGGUUUCGUCAUUGUCACCUUCCAGGAGCAGGGGGAGCAGGAAUACAAGAACUGUGAGCUGGACAAGAACCAGCGACAGUGCGUGGAAUAUGCCCUCAAGGCCCGGCCCCUGCGGAGGUACAUUCCCAAGAACCAGCACCAGUAUAAAGUGUGGUACGUGGUCAACUCCACCUACUUUGAAUACCUGAUGUUCGUCCUCAUCCUGCUCAACACCAUCUGCUUGGCCAUGCAGCACUACGGCCAGAGCUGCCUCUUCAAAAUUGCCAUGAACAUCCUCAACAUGCUCUUCACUGGCCUCUUCACCGUGGAGAUGAUUCUGAAGCUCAUUGCCUUCAAACCCAAGGGUUACUUUAGUGAUCCCUGGAAUGUUUUUGACUUCCUCAUCGUAAUUGGCAGCAUAAUUGACGUCAUUCUCAGUGAAACUAAUCACUUUUUCUGUGAUGCAUGGAAUACAUUUGACGCCUUGUUUGUUGUGGGUAGCAUUGUUGAUAUAGCAAUCACCGAGGUAAACCCAGCUGAACAUACCCAAUGCUCUCCCUUUAUGAACGCAGAGGAGAACUCCCGCAUCUCCAUCACCUUCUUCCGCCUCUUCCGGGUCAUGCGCCUGGUCAAGCUGCUGAGCCGCGGGGAGGGCAUUCGGACCCUGCUGUGGACCUUCAUCAAGUCCUUCCAGGCCCUGCCUUAUGUGGCUCUUCUGAUAGUGAUGCUGUUCUUCAUCUAUGCAGUGAUCGGGAUGCAGGUGUUUGGGAAAAUUGCCCUGAAUGACACCACAGAGAUCAACCGGAACAACAACUUCCAGACCUUCCCCCAAGCUGUGCUGCUUCUCUUCAGGUGUGCCACAGGGGAGGCAUGGCAGGACAUCAUGCUGGCCUGCAUGCCAGGGAAGAAGUGUGCCCCCGAGUCGGAGCCCAGCAACAGCACAGAAGGCGAAAUGCCCUGUGGCAGCAGCUUCGCGGUCUUCUACUUCAUCAGCUUCUACAUGCUCUGUGCCUUCCUGAUCAUCAACCUCUUUGUAGCUGUCAUCAUGGACAACUUUGACUACCUGACAAGGGACUGGUCAAUUCUUGGUCCCCAUCAUCUGGAUGAAUUUAAAAGAAUCUGGGCAGAGUAUGAUCCUGAAGCCAAGGGUCGUAUCAAACACCUAGAUGUGGUGACCCUACUCCGGCGGAUUCAGCCCCCACUGGGUUUUGGGAAGUUGUGCCCUCACCGCGUGGCUUGCAAACGCCUGGUCUCCAUGAACAUGCCUCUGAACAGUGAUGGGACAGUCAUGUUCAAUGCCACCCUGUUUGCCCUGGUCCGGACAGCCCUGCGAAUUAAAACAGAAGGAAACCUAGAACAAGCCAAUGAGGAGCUGCGGGCCAUAAUCAAGAAGAUCUGGAAGCGGACCAGCAUGAAGCUGCUGGACCAAGUAGUGCCCCCAGCAGGUGAUGACGAGGUCACGGUUGGCAAGUUUUAUGCUACUUUCCUGAUCCAGGAGUACUUCCGGAAAUUCAAGAAGCGCAAAGAGCAGGGCCUGGUGGGCAAACCCUCCCAGAGGAACGCCCUAUCCCUGCAGGCUGGCUUGCGCACGCUGCAUGACAUCGGGCCUGAGAUCCGACGGGCCAUCUCUGGAGAUCUGACGGCCGAGGAGGAGCUGGACAAGGCCAUGAAGGAGGCUGUGUCUGCUGCCUCCGAAGACGACAUCUUCAGGAGGGCCGGCGGCCUGUUCGGCAACCACGUCAGCUGCUACCAAAGCGACGGCCGGAGCGCCUUCCCCCAGACCUUCACUACCCAGCGCCCACUGCACAUCAACAAGGCGGCUAACAGCCAAGGCGACACCGGGUCGCCGUCCCACGAGAAACUGGUGGACUCCACUUUCACCCCCAGCAGCUACUCGUCCACUGGCUCCAACGCCAACAUCAACAAUGCCAACAACACUGCCCUGGGCCGCUUCCCCCGCCCCGCUGGCUACCCCAGCGCGGUCAGCACCAUAGAGGGCCGUGGGCCCCCCUUGUCUCCUGCCGUCCGGGUACAGGAGGCAGCCUGGAAGCUCAGCUCCAAGAGGUGCCACUCCCGGGAGAGCCAGAUCGCCAUGGUGUGUCAGGAGGAGGUCUCUCAGGCCGAGCCCUAUGACGUGCGGAUGAGCGAAGACACCGAGUACUGCAGCGAGCCCAGCCUGAUCUCCACAGAGAUGCUCUCCUAUCAGGAUGAUGAAAAUCGGCAAUUAACACCACCUGAGGAGGACAAGAGAGGCGUCCAGCAAUCUCCAAAGAGGGGUUUCCUCCGCUCUGCCUCACUAGGUCGAAGGGCCUCCUUCCACCUGGAAUGUCUGAAGCGACAGAAGAAUCAAGGGGGAGACGUCUCUCAGAAGACAGUUCUGCCCUUGCAUCUGGUUCAUCAUCAGGCAUUGGCAGUGGCUGGCCUGAACCCCCUCCUGCAGAGAAGCCAUUCCCCCAGCACGUCCCCCAGGCCGUGCGCCACCCCCCCAGCCACACCGGGCAGCCGAGGCUGGCCCCCACAGCCGAUCCCCACCCUGAAGCUGGAGGGCGCCGAGUCCAGUGAGAAACUCAACAGCAGCUUCCCGUCCAUCCACUGCAGCUCCUGGUCAGGGGAGCCCACGCCCUGCGCUGGGGGCAGCAGUGCCAUCCGGAGAGCCCGGCCGGUGUCCCUCACUGUGCCCAGCCAGGCUGGGGCCCGGGGCAGGCAGUUCCACGGCAGUGCCAGCAGUCUGGUGGAAGCGGUCUUGAUUUCAGAAGGACUGGGGCAGUUUGCUCAAGAUCCCAAGUUUAUCGAGGUCACAACCCAGGAGCUGGCUGAUGCCUGUGACAUGACCAUAGAGGAGAUGGAGAACGCCGCCGACAACAUCCUCAGUGGGGGCGCCCAGCAGAGCCCCAACGGCACCCUACUACCUUUUGUUAACUGCAGGGACCCGGGGCAGGACAGAGCGGGGGGCCAAGAGGGCGAGAGCUGCACCACGGCUCGGGCGUGUCGGAGGAGCGAGGAGGAGCGCCAGGACAGCAGAGCCCACGCCGGCAGCCUGUAGUCGCUAGGGCUGGGGAGACGCUGGGUUUUUUAUUUGUUUCAAUGUUCCUAAUGGGUUCGUUUCAGAAGUGCCUCACUGUUCUCGUGACCUGGAGUUAACCGGAACAGCGUCUUCAUUCAUUUCGUUGGGACAAGACGCAGAGUUGGGUGGUGUGCAGAAUCUGUUUUCCGGGGGGAAGGAAGGCAGCAACCCCAGUUUGUGUUGUGUCCACAGAGGUAGAGUGGUGAGGAGGAGUGGAAGAAUCAGGGAGGGAGAGCAAGAGAAGAGAUGCCUGCCCUCACCUCCGGGCAUGAAAGAGAACCUCAGCUUCCUGUGGUAGCCCUCACCAAAAGGACCCUAUGUCAAACGGGUGUCUUUCAACUUUGCUUGUAAAAAAAAAAAAAUCAUUUUGCACAUAUUCUGUAUGAGCCUCACUGUCUCCAUAGAGCUGGGGCCCUGUGGAUUUGCAGAAGGAAGCAGGGGUGUGACUGCAGCGAGGACCCAGCCCCGUCCCAGAGAGGGACGAGGUGCAGCCCGAGGCAGCAGGAGCUCGGGAGCAGAAGGG